AUGGCCGCCGCUCGAGUAGCACGAAACGCCCUUGCGUCCUCCCUCCGGAGGCCCAGCGGCCUGCUCGUCCCGAAAAAAUUCCCGGCUCUCACAAAGUCACUCGCCUCACAGGCACCCCAGCAAGUCCUAACGCCCGGCGUCAUCACGCAGUCGACAACCCUGUCCAAUGGAUUGACUAUUGCGACCGAGCACUCGCCGUACGUGCAGACGGCAACCGUCGGUGUCUUUAUCGAUGCCGGAAGCAGGGCGGAGACGGAUGCGACGAACGGGACUGCGCACUUUUUGGAGCAUCUGGCUUUCAAGGGGACGAAAACUAGGACGCAGCACCAACUGGAACUGGAGAUCGAGAACAUGGGUGGUCAUUUGAACGCCUACACAUCUCGUGAAAACACUGUCUACUACGCCAAAUCGCUCAAGGACGACGUUGGAAAGUCUGUCGAGAUCCUUGCCGACAUCUUGCAGAACUCCAAGCUCGAGGAAUCCGCCAUCGAGCGUGAGCGUGAUGUGAUUCUCCGCGAGCAGGAGGAGGUCGACAAGCAGCUCGAGGAGGUCGUGUUCGACCACCUCCACGCCACCGCCUUCCAGCACCAGCCGCUCGGCCGCACCAUCCUCGGCCCGAAGGAGAACAUCCUCUCCAUCAGCAGGGCCAACCUCACCGACUACAUCUCAACCAACUACAAGGCCGACCGCAUGGUCCUCGCCGGUGCUGGUGGCGUCCCCCACGAGCAGCUCGUCGAACUUGCCGAGAAGCACUUCUCGGGCUUGAAGCCCUCGGGCAGCAACCUCAGUAUUGGCAGCGCCCGCGGUGCUAAGCCCGACUUUGUUGGCUCUGAGGUCCGCAUGAGGGACGACACUAUCCCCACUGCGCACAUUGCCAUCGCUGUUGAGGGUGUCAGCUGGAAGGACCCCCAGUACUUCACUGCCCUUGUUGCCCAAGCUAUCAUUGGUAACUGGGACAGGGCUAUGGGUAACGCCGGUCACUUGGGCAGCAGGCUCUCGUCAUUCGUGCACAAGCACCAGCUUGCCAACUCAUUCAUGAGCUUCAGCACCUCAUACUCCGACACUGGUCUCUGGGGAAUCUACCUCGUCACCGACAAGGUCACCCGCAUCGACGACCUCGUCCACUUUGCGCUCCGCGAAUGGUCCCGCCUCGCCCAAAUAGUCACCGAGACCGAGGUCGAGCGUGCCAAGGCCCAGCUCAAGGCCUCGCUCCUGCUCUCGCUCGAUGGCACCACCGCUGUCGCCGAGGACAUUGGCCGCCAGAUCAUCACCACCGGAAGGAGGAUGAACCCCGCCGAGAUUGAGAGGGUUGUUGGCGCCAUUACGGAGAAGGACGUUAUGAAGUUUGCCCAGGACAGAAUUUGGGACCAGGAUGUUGCUAUUAGUGCGUUGGGAAGCAUUGAAGGAUUGUUGGACUACCAGCGUAUCCGCAGCGACACUAGCCGUAACUUCUAG